CAGGCAUUGCAGUGCACCAUGGCUGAACAACUCCUUCCCCAGGCUUUGUAUCUGAGCAACAUGAGGAAAGCUGUGAAGAUUAGAGAGAGAACUCCAGAAGAUAUUUCUAAGCCGACCAAUGGAAUCAUUCAUCAUUUUAAAUCCAUGCACCGAUAUACCCUGGAAAUGUUCAGGACUUGCCAGUUUUGUCCCCAGUUCCGGGAGAUCAUCCACAAAGCUCUCAUCGACCGGAGCCUCCAAGCUACCCUGGAAAACCAGAAGAAGCUCAACUGGUGUAGGGAAGUGAGGAAGCUGGUCGCUCUGAAAACCAAUGGUGAUGGAAACUGCCUGAUGCAUGCAGUUUCUCAGUACAUGUGGGGUGUGCAGGACACCGACUUGGUCCUGAGGAAGGCUCUCUUCAGCACACUCAAGGAGACAGACACACGUAACUUCAAGUUCCGUUGGCAGCUGGAGUCUCUGAAGUCCCAGGAGUUUGUGGAGACAGGACUUUGCUAUGACACUUGGAAUUGGACUGAUGAAUGGGACAACCUUGUCAAAAUGGCAGCCACAGACACCCCAGGGGCCCGAGGUGGACUCCAGUACCACUCCCUGGAGGAAAUACACAUCUUUGUCCUUUGCAACAUUCUCAGAAGGCCGGUCAUUGUCAUUGCAGACAAAAUGCUGAGAAGUUUGGAGUCGGGUUCAAAUUUCGCUCCUUUGAAAGUGGGCGGGAUUUACUUGCCCCUCCAUUGGGCCCCGCCCCAGGAAUGCUACAGAUACCCCAUCCUCCUUGGCUACGACAGCCAACACUUUGUACCCCUGGUGACUCUGAAGGACAGCGGGCCUGAAAUCAGAGCCAUUCACUGUUAACAGAGGACCGAGGACGGGUUUGAGGAUUUAAAAAUUCACUUUUUGACGGAUCCUGAAAACGAGAUGAAGGAGAAGCUGCUGAAAGAGUACUUGACAAUGAUAGAAAUCCCGGUACAAGGUUGGGACCACGGCACCAACGCAUUUUGAUUAAUGCCUGCAAAGUAAGCAGGGUUGCCAACUUACAAAGAAAUCAACCUGGUUGAUGACUACUUUGAACUUGUUCAGCAUGAGUACAAGAAGUGGCAGGAGAACCAUGAACAGGAACGAAGAGACACCCAGGCUCCCAACCCUCUUGAACCUUCCAUUCCCCAGCUUUCUCUCAUGGACAUAAAGUGUGAGACACCCAACUGUCCUUUCUUCAUGUCUGUCAACACCCACCCUUUCUGCCAUGAGUGCUCGGAAAGGCAACUCAAGAACCAAAACAAAUCCACAAAGGGGAAUCCCAAGCCAGGCCCCGAGGCUACCCCAGGCAUGGUUCUUGGGGCUUCUCGGGGUGAGGUCCUCGCCUGGAGUCCAGAGGAGCCAGCUGGGGGUCCUCGAUCAGCCCCGCCCACAGCACCCAGCUUGUUUCUGUUCAGCGAGACCACAGCUAUGAAGUGCAGGAGUCCUGGCUGCCCUUUCACCCUGAACAUGCUACAUAAUGGAUUCUGUGAGCGCUGCCACAAUUCCCGGCAACUCAGCGCCAGCCGCCCUCCCGAUACCACCAGGCACCUGGACCCUGGUAAGUGCCAAGCCUGCCUUCAGGAUGCACCAGGAACGUUUAAUGGGAUCUGCAGUACUUGCUUCAAAAGGGACUAAGGCAGAGCCUCCUCCAGCUCAGCUGUAGCACUCCCUCCUUCUUGCCAUCAGCGGUCCAAGUCAGACCCUUCACAGCUCAUCCAGAGUCUCUCCCCACAUUCUUGCCACAGAGCUGGGCACGAAGCCUCCUCGGGCUGCCUCGCUCCAGCCACCCGGACUCCAGGGGACAGGACAGGGACGAGCAAGUGCAGAAAAGCCGGCUGCAUGUACUUUGGGACUCCGGAAAAAGGCUUUUGCACACUGUGUUUCUUCGAGUACAAGGAAAAUAAACAUUUCAUUGCUCCCUCCGGAAAAAAGUGCUGCUACUUCUAGUUCCAGAACACAGUCCCCUGCCUGGGGAGGGAAUGUGGCACAGUUGGAAGCACCGUGUUUGAAGGAUACUGCCAGAAGUGUUUCAUUGAAGCCCAGAGUCAGCGAUUUCAUGAGGCCAAAAGAACUGAAGACCAGCUGAGAUCCAGGCAGCGCAGAGAAGCGUCUCGAACGGCACAAAGCUCCCGGCCCAAGUGUGCCCGGGCCUCCUGCAAGAAUAUGCUGGCCUGCCGCAGCGAGGAACUUUGGAUGGAGUGUCAGCACCUUGGGCCCUCGCGGGUCAGCCCAGGACUCAUCAUGCUGAAGCGUCCAGAAGAGCCCCCCAAACAGCGCUGUCGGGCUCCAGCCUGUGAUCACUUUGGCAACGCCAAGUGUAGUGGCUACUGCAAUGAGUGCUUUCAGUUCAAGCAAAUGUAUGGCUAAGGGGACUCUGUGGGGGCCAGCCGCUGUUCAAAGGGGCCUCCUGCUCUUCACCAAUAUGGUGCUAGGCUCCCAAUGCUCUGCUGCCGCCAGAGGAGCGGCCCUGCCUCAGUUGGCUCCAGGCAUCUUUGCACAGAGAAGGAAAAGUUCAUCUCUCCAGCAGGACCUUGAAUCUGGUAGCUUGCUCU